UGGAUUGGAUGAGAUGGGAUCAACCAUGAAUUUACACUCACUCGCACACAAUACAGCCGUCCUCAGAUUUCUUUCCCGUCAAACAAACACACUGACAGAAAUAUAUGUCAUAUCAUCAUGUCCACCAACAAGGUUGCCGUGUUGGGAAGUGGAAAAGUUCAGUUUCAGGAGCAGUAUGUGCAUCGAUUCUGGGUAGAAAUGGGGUAAGCGUCACCUUGUUCGACUCCGCCAGAGGCCCUGGUGGACGCAUGUCUCAGAGAAGAGAAGUUACUGAAGGUGGAGAGGAGUUAUUUUUCGACCAUGGUGCUCCAUUUUUCACAGCUACCAACAAUGAGGUACUGGGACUUGUUCAUGAGUGGGAAUCAAGAGGGCUUGUUGCUGAGUGGAAGAUCAAGUUUGGGUCCUUUGAUUUUAUCUCCAGCAAAUUCAUGGAUAUAGAGCAAGAAGGAACGACUAAGAGAUAUGUGGGUGUCCCUGGCAUGAACUCUAUAUGUAAAGCAUUAUGCCGUGAGCCUGGGGUAGAAAGUAAGUUCGGAACAAGUAUUGGGAAACUUGAGUGGCUAGAGGGUAAAAAUUUGUGGUCAGUGAUGGGUUUGGAUGGACAAAAUCUUGGUCGAUUUAAUGGAGUGAUUGCAUCAGAUAAAAACAUAGCUUCCCCUAGGUUUACAAGUGUAACAGGAAGACCACCACCUCUAGAUUUAAAUUUUGCUCCAGAGUUGGCAAAUAAGUUGCAAGAUAUUCCUGUUCACCCUUGUUUUGCUCUGAUGCUGGCAUUUCCAGGAACUCUGUCUUCGAUACCUUUUAAAGGCUUCUCAAUAAAAAACUCCAACAUUUUAAGCUGGGCUUAUUGUGACAGCAGCAAGCCUAACCGUGAUACAACUAGUGAGCGGUGGGUAUUGCAUUCAACAAAGGAGUAUGCUGAAAGCGUAAUUGCUCAGGCUGGUCUUAAGAAACCUUCAGAUGAAACAUUGACAAGGGUAUCUGAAGAACUACUACAAGAAUUUCAGAGAACAGGACUUAAUAUUUCUCAGCCCAUUUUUAAGAAAGCUCAUAGAUGGGGAAGUGCUUUUCCGGCGACGAGCAUAGCUAGAGGGGAAAAAUGCCUAUGGGAUAGGAAGAAGCGGCUUGCAAUAUGUGGGGACUUUUGUGUUAGUCCCAAUGUUGAAGGUGCCAUAAUUAGUGGCGCUGCUGCAGCCUCAAAACUUACAGAGAUCCUUAGCUGCUUGUAGUAGUUUGAUCCUAUGUCCAAGGGUCGGAAUUGUCUAUUUGUUAAGGUUUCUAUACAUGUUUGGAGUGUUAUAUUGUCUAUACCCUUAGCGGCGUCCAAGUUUCGGAUAUAGGUACAGUGAAAUAAAGCAAAGAAUCCAAGUAACAGUGAUUUGAUCGAUACUACAUCAUCAUCACCAAGAAAUCUGCUUUGAUAUUUGGGUCAAUAGCGUUUGUUCAAAUUUUCUCAAAUAAAAACACUUUGAUUUAAUUAA